AUGAAGGAAGCUGCUAAAGCAGCGACCAAGAGGGCUGUUCAGAAAGCUGCUACCAAAACUGGCGAGUAUGCCGGCGAAAAAGCAGGCGAUAAAUUUAUUCAGUUAUUAAGCAAAAAGAAUAAAAACACAAAAACACCAGUAGCAGCGUUACCAAUAGAAAAUCCACAAUCAAGAGAGCUAAGCGAUUACGAGAUUAAUGAGAGGGUGAAUCAAUUAUCAUCCGGGGGUCAGAUGAGAAGAUUUAUCUAAUCUAUUAAUAUAAUGAAUUCUUUUAGAGAUCCAAAAUCAAAAUCAUAUGAAGAUGUUAUUUUUGACCUAGAAACAGCACUAAAUACAACUGUCGCCAACAAUGCUCACCAAAAGAAAGAUGGCUACAGAUUUGUUGAUAACAGCGGAGAGGUUACACCAUUUGACUGGUAUAAUGCUGGAAACAGUCUCGACUUUAAAGUAGUCUUACUGGCUAAUGGCGGUAACAUUGCAAUAGCAGAUCAUAAUGGAAUUGUAAUCGGGUCGUACUCAUUCUUGAACUAUUUUGAUAUUAAGCUAAAUGGCAAGAAAGUGUAUGAUUGUAAUGACGCAAAUCACGCCGUUAAUAUUAAGAACUUACUUGAUUACAGUCCGGCUUACGCCAAUAAGACAGCAGCUAAUGAGUUUUUCUUCCUUGGUACAUCCAGAAAUGCGGAAGAGCGGGAAUUUGAAGUUAGUGGUACAAAUCAAUUAGCCAAAGGAAGAGCAGCUUACAAUAAGGGUUUUGCUCUUCGGAAAGCCCUUCUUGGUACCUCAUCUACAGUAAAUACUGAAAUACCACUGAAUAGAUACUCAUUUUUCGAAAUGUUAGAGGAUGAGCUCUUGCCCAAUACAAGGGUUGAGAUGAAUUUGGAGAUUGAGUCCAUGGUAAUCUAA